AUGUCGUCUCGUCACGGUGCCGGCCGGCCUCGUCGCGAUGGCGAGACCUUUGCCAGAACACAUCAUCACGACAACGACCCAGAGGACGAUUCGCGAGUAAAGUUUGAUGUACGAAAUCCAUCUACCCUAGCACCUGAUGCGCGAGAAGACGACGCGGUCCUCGAUGCGGACGUAAUCGGUGGCAGCGCUGCGACGAAGCGUGGUGCCGUCAAUCUCGAUGGUUACGAUAGCGACUCAGACAACGAUACCUUCAACGCUCGAGCAGAAAGCCGAAAGAAGGGCAAAGUGGACCUCAACGAACAACUAGACAACUACGACAGUAAAGCUACGCACGGUGGACCAUCGACCGCCAAAAACGACGACGAUGAUGAUGAUGACAUGUUUGCAGCGGCCGAUGGCGAGGAAAGAGAAGAUGACGAUGACGGCCCCCAGACUUUUGCAAAAAAAAAGAAAAAGGUGCAAUUCAUGGAAGUUGAUGAGAUUGAAGGCCAGGAGCAGAAGAGCAAGAGCGGCGGCACGAUACACUUGGACGAUGACGAAAGUAGUGACGCGGAAUCAGAAAAGGAGCUUCUUGCUCUAGAGGAAGGUGUGGAUGAAGAGGUCGGCGCUGGCGGUCUCAAGCGCAACGCUCCCAAAGUGGAAGCCUUCAAUCUUAAAGACGAGAUGGAGGAAGGACGAUUUGACGAUCAAGGCAAUUACGUCCGCAAAGCGGGUGACCCUGACGCUGUGCACGACAACUGGUUGAAUGGACUGAACAAGAAGGACAUGAGAAAGGCGGCAGAAGCUCACGAAAAGCGUGAGUCAGAGGCCAGGAAGCGUCGGCUAGAGGACGACGGUCUUUUGAGCUCUGAUCUUCUCAAGAACCUGAUUAUCCACUUGGAACGAGCAGAGACGCCACUGGAAGCGUUGGCACGCCUGGGCAAGGGCCAGAAAAAGACGAAAAAAAUUCCGCAGUGGAAGCUCAAGAAGAUGAACAAGGGCAUGGACGUGGACCAGGCCGCAGAGCAACCAGACCCGGAACAAGUGCGGAUAAAAAAUGCGAUUGGCGGCAUCACAGAGGCAGCCGACAAGCUGCUUAGUCGUGGGUUUGAGGACAUCUACGACCAAGAGCGUGAGAUUUUGGUCCGCGAGUACCGCAAGGAGUCUGGGGAGGACUGGAUCGAGCCUGCACGAGAGGAAGAGGAGCCGCCGGCAACCGAAUCGGCAGGCAAGUGGGAGUUUCGCUGGGUAGACGGCCGAGAUGAUGGGUCGACGCAAGGGCCAUUCGACGGUUCAGCGAUGAAGGCAUGGCAGGAUGCCGGCUACUUUGGGCAGGGCAUCGAAUUCCGGCCUGCUGAAAGCUCGGCCGAGUGGUCCAAAGAAGCACCUUCGUUUAUUUGA